AUGAAUGCUUCAUUACUUUUUCUGGGGACUGGUACAAAAGAAGGAACUCCAAACUUAGGACAUACUAUUAAGAAUAUUGAAUAUGAACAUUUGAAUAAAGGUGAAUAUUGCUCUGUAUGUUCAAAAUGUAUUGAAACAUUGAUAAGAUCAAAUGAAACUUCGGCUGAAUAUAAUAAAAAUAUCCGAAAUUCAUAUUCUGCUCUACUAUCAAUUAAAUCAAAUAAAAGUAGUGAAGUUACUAUUUUGUUUGAAAUUAGUGCGGAAAUUCGGAAAUCUAUAAUUCAAUGUGCCUCGAAAUUUUUAAAAAAGGUAGACAUCAUCUUGACUAUGCACUCUACUGAGGAAUCAAUAGGAGGGAUUGAUGAAGUUCGUGAAAUUCAAAAUUUUGAACAUUUUAUAGAUGAAAAUGGAAAUGUUUCUUACUACCCAAAGAAACCGAUACCACUGUAUCUAUCAAUAUCAGCAUUUAUUAAUUUAUCUAAUUGGUACAACUACAUGAUCCUUUAUUCACUUAAAAUUAAACCUCCAUUUAAAACAAAAGUUGGAACCAUGAAUAUUUCAGUAUUUGAUCCACAUAAUCCUGGAGUCACUACUACUUUUAAAUCUAUAAAUGAAGCUAAUAAAUAUGUCGAGAUACAUAGAUAUACAAAUUUUGAAGAUAACUUGGAUUUCUCCCCUGUUCCAUUUAAAUACGACAGCAUUAAUAUUACAGCUUUAUACUUUAAAGGAAAUAAUAAUGAAUUAAAUAUGGGGUAUGUUAUACAAGAUGAAGUCUCAAAAAAUCCAAUUUUGUGCAUUUUACCAAAUUUUUCAAUUAUACCUCAAAAAACAUUUCAGUAUCUUAUAAAUUUACCAUGUAUCCAAAUUCUUGUGGUACCACUUUUACAAAGUCAUAUUAAAUCUGAAGGUGCAUAUAACAUACCAGAGUUAAUAAAAUUUUGCUUAAAAAUAAGUUGUAGAAAUGUUUACUUAACAAGUAUUACAUGCGGUAUUGAUCACACUCUUUUAGGCGAUUAUAUACGAGAUCAAGUUUUAUCUCUAAGUAAAUAUAACGUAAAUGUUCCUCAAUUUCAUGUUACUUAUGACUCCUUAUUUCUAAAGGUAUAA